AACCUAAUUGACGACCAUCUGCGCCAUUUUGGACGGUCUCAAGGCGUUUUUCCGUUUUCGGCGUCUCGUUAGAAGUGUAAAGUGAUAUUUUUCAAAAAUAUUAUUUAUUUGUUGAAUCUAAGUAUCGAAAUAAUGUACCAGUUUUCUCAGUGAAAUAGUAGAUUAAUUGUUAUACACUCCCUGAAAGAUACUCACAACUUUACGACAAUUUCAAGAUGCACGCGAUACAGUGUGUCCAAAGCGCGGCGUCCCUUCACCUGAAAUGUUGGCAGCACUGAGCAUAACGAACGCGGCUUUCAACGAGUGUUGGUGUUCUAAUUUUCUCUCUCUUGUGUUUUGUAAAUUAUUAUUAUCGUUCUAAUAUUGUGUGAAUAUGCUUUAUCCAAAAAAUGGACCAAAGCCCCUGGAGGCUGAGGAUGGUGAGAAAAUUCAUGGCCCACCAACGCCGCAUAGAAUAAAAUUGCCCAGUGAACAAGAAGAGGCGCGUACAAAACAAGUGAUAAUUGAGAAAAGAAAGAAGACAACAACGACAACAAAAGCUAUUGAUUCAAGUCCAGUGCAAUUUCCUGAGAAAAAAAUUCAAAAACCAGUUAAUAAAAGACGUCGAAAACAAAAUCCAACAAAUUCACCAGCAUCAAAAGUUUCUGUCGAUACAAAUCAUAAACUCACUGAAUACUAUACCGUUCGAAGGAGUGUUCGAAAAUGUAAAACAACAGUUUUAGAGGAGAAACAGAGAAGCCUUGAGAAUAAAAUUAUAUCCGGUUGUGAAGAUGGCUUAGAGGUGAGAACAUUCGCUGGUAAGGGCCGUGGAGUUGUCACGACACGAGAAUUCACCAAAGGAGAAUUUAUAGUCGAAUACAUUGGUGAUUUAAUUGAUCAAGUUGAAGCGAAAAAGCGGGAGGGUCAGUAUUCUCAGGAUCACGGUGCUGGUUGCUAUAUGUAUUAUUUCCAACACCGUAGUCAACAGUAUUGUGUCGACGCAACAGCAGAAUCUGAUAAACUGGGACGAUUAGUAAAUCAUUCUCGUAAUGGUAAUUUAGUAACUCGAAUAGUUGAUGUGAAAUCAAUUCCACAUUUAGUUCUCAUUGCUAAGGAUGAUAUUGCAAAGGGAGUUGAGGUGACGUACGAUUAUGGGGACAGGAGUAAGGAAUCAAUUCGAUAUCAUCCUUGGUUGGCCUUAUAACCAAAAACGCAGCUAUGAGUAAUUAUUUUAUUAAAAAAAAAUAGAAUUUCGCUUUUCUAAAACAAAAAAAAAAAUAUUUAGCAAAAUUUUUUAAAUAAUUUAAACUUAAAAUUCUCUUUUGAGAAUCUUAUUAAAACAUAAUAUUAAAAAUCUUUGGUAAAAAAAAAUUGAUGAAAAGUUAUGUAGUACAGAUCAAUUUGAACUCAAUUUCUUUUAUACUGUUCUGACUUUUGUAAAAUUUAUUACAUUUUAACAAAAUGAAACUGAACAAAUUAUUACAAAUAUUAUCGUCUUAAGUGAAAAAAAGUAACAAUUCAUUUUUCAAUGUAAAUAAAAAAUUCA